AUGCAAAUUCAGCAACCACCACCGCAACCGCAGCCCGCAGCAAUGCCCAUGCCCGGCCACGGACCGAUGAGAUGGCCCAGCUUUGGCGCAGUGGCUCCCAUUGCCCUGCCAGUACCUGUGGGAAUCCCUGUGCCAGCUAGCUCAACGGUUCACACUCAUAUUCCACUGUUGCGUGAGCAGCUUGACAGAAAUAUGGAAAAUAUGGCUGCGACCAGUGAGGCGACCGUAAAGGAGGCUGUCGUCUAUGGUAACUGGAAACCGGAUCGUCCACUCAAGCCCAACAAUGAGGAUGGGCAGCCCAAGGAACGCGUCUAUGGACGCUUGGAGGCCAUUCUAAUGGGCAUGCCAGCUGAUGUUAUUGAAAGUCGAGAGCCUUCCGGCGAACAGUUGUCACCGGAAACCGAGAAAUAUGCAGCAUCUGAUGGCUAUCAAAAUCCGUACGAGCGUCGCGACAGCUUUGAGAGAUCCCAGGAAAUACGCGGUCGCUGGCGCAUACCACCUUCACAAUUGCCACCACAGGCCCAAGCACCGAUUGAAGUGGUGUACAUGAACGCAACGGAUCCGCUGAUGCGGGCCAUGGCCAAGCAAAUCAAUGAGUCCGUUGAGACAACCACAGCUAUGCAACGACGGCCCAGCCAACCAACCACUGAGGACAGCUGGAUGCCGCUACCGUAUCCCUAUCCAACGCACAGCUCCGAGAGCACACAGCCGGUCCUCAAAGUCAGCAGUACACAGGCGCCAACGCUGCGCUCUAGCCAAUCCACAGAGUCUACCACAGUGGCACUGAAUUGGCCCACUGACUUCCUCGAAACCAGUUCGAUCAGCACGGAACGCAUUUACACAGAUGCUGUUAGCAGUAGCGGCAUCGAUCGUAUCGACAACAAUCAUCCAUCCAUUGAUCGCAUUGACGUUGAUGUUGAUGAUGACUACAGGUACUUCGAUGAAGGACUCAAUUCUGCCCAAAUGCACAGCGGGCUGAGCAUACCGGAGACCAUUUUACCCCAGCUACCACUCAACAUAACACGCGUCGGAAUUCCGUAUGAGGAGCGCAAUUCAGCCGAGGAGCCAACUAUUUGUGUGCCCCUAACUGUAACUGAGACAGCCGCAGAUAGCGCCACUCCGCUAAUGGUGGAGGUGGAGCGCGUCUAUUGCUUUCCACUGCCCAAGGUUGAGAUCAAAAUGGGUAACAUCAGGCGGCAGCAGGAGCAGCAGCAUCAAUCAACGGAACAGGAGCACAGCAACAGUGCCGGUGCCGGUGUCACAUCUCUGCCCCCGGAGGAAACUCAACUACCAGCAAUGACUGCGGGUGCUAAUCGCCACAGUGUCUUGGUUCUGCUCCUAAUCAUAGGGAGCAGCGUCAUUGCUAGCUCUUAA